CCAACAGCUGCACAGAGGGGGAUCACAGCGUGCCGCCUCUCAGACCUCCACCCGGCCCGUCCCACUGAGGACACUUGGCAGUUACUGGAAAGUUGUACUAGACUUUCCUUUCUCCCGUGAAGGAGUUGCACAACGGGCACUCUCUCAUCCGACCCGGGGCCUCGCUGAGCUGCAGUGCCGGGAAAGAGGUCUCCCAGACCCCUCGCCACCAUGUGCUACGGCCAGUGCGCACGAUGCAUCGGGUGGUCCCUCCUGCUCUUCUCCAUCCUCUCCAUCGUCGCUAAUAUUCUGCUUUACUUUCCCAACGGGGAAACGAAGUAUGCCUCGGAAAACCACCUCAGCCGCUUCGUGUGGUUGUUCUCCGGCAUCGGGGGAGGGGGCUUGCUGAUUUUCCUGCCAGCGUUAGUCUUCAUGGGGCUGGAAGACGAGGACUGCUGUGGAUGCUGUGGCCACGAAAAGUGUGGCAAGAGAUGUGCGAUGCUUUCUUCUAUCCUGGCCGCUGUCAUCGGACUUGCAGGAUCUGGCUACUGUGUCAUUGUGGCAGCCCUGGGCUUAGCAGAAGGACCGCUGUGUCUUGAUUCCUCCGGCCAGUGGAACUACACCUUUGCCAGCACUAAUGGAGAAUACCUUCUGAAUAGGUCCACAUGGUCCCAGUGCACCGAACCCAAGCACGUUGUGGAAUGGAAUGUCACGCUGUUCUCUAUUCUCUUGGCCUUUGGUGGAAUUGAAUUCAUCUUGUGUGUUGUUCAAGUAAUAAAUGGGAUAAUUGGAGGCAUAUGUGGCUUUUGUAACAGUCGCCAACAGCGAUAUGACUGCUAAAAGAACCAUCCCAAGACGGGACCACCAUCUUCCUCUAUUUCACUGUAAUUUAUAUAUUUUUUCUUGUAUUAAUUUGUAAAACUUUGUACUAAUGUAUCAUACUCUGCAUAUUCUACUUUUAUAAAUGUGUAUAAACUCUAGCAGCUUCACAUGAGGUCAGUGUUGGAACUUAGCGAAUAAACAUUUUUUUUAGGGAUGAGAAAAUAAACCGCGCUCUGGAGGUAAUUUACAGACUGAAUGACGGUUCUCAGCGUAUCUGAGAUGAGCUGUGGCCUGAAGUAACGCUUUCGAGAAACAUUGCAAGGAUAAAUGUCACAUUCCAAUUACCAUUGUAUAUAUAUUUGCACGUGUUUGUUAAAUGAAAGAAAGAUUUCUAGUUGCUUUUUUUAAAACCAUGAAGGAGAAAAAUCUGACAACCUGAAAAGAUGUGUUUCUUCACUGUUUAUAUGGUGUUUCCCAUCUGUAUGCCUGUGCAUGGCUACAAGAGGCCUUUUGGAACUGCCUGGUGUUCUGUAAGAGACAGACACUUGCCUCAAGUGGGAGGGCCGACUGAGGAUGCUCCAAGACAAAAGAAGGAGUCAAAACACGCAGUGCUGCUCUUUGGUGCGAGUACUAGCAGGUCCUAAAUCUUUUUUCCUUCAAAGACAAGCACUAAGGACCAUGUAUUUAAAAAGAGAAAGGCCUGGAUAAUUGGACAAGAAGAAAGAUGGGAAACGGAAUAAAGCAGUUGAUCAGCAUCAUCGGGAAAUGGGGGAGGUGGAGGGGGCAGCAGCACCACAGGGAAACACCCCCAAAACUUGCUUGUUUAAAUAGAACAAAAUAAAGUAUUCACUACCAUU